UUCAUCCCCUUAACUCUCUCUCUCUCUCUCUUCGAAAAUUUUUCAAGAAAAUUAUAUCGACAACUUUGAUUGAUCACUUUAUUUUGUGGGCUUUCAUUAUUUGUCCCAAAGAUUUGAUUUUUAUACUAUAAUCAGGUGGGUGUUGUUGGAUAUAGAGUGAGUGUCUGGAAAAGGGAGUUGGAUUCGGUUAAAACUAUGUAUAAGACGAGGAAAAUUAAGCAUGGAGUUUUGGCUUGCAUUUGUUUGAUCUUGUUGGGGUCAUUACCGUGUUGUUGGGGAAGGUUUGUGGUGGAGAAGAACAACUUGAGGGUGACAUCUCCAGGGUCAGUGAGAGGUAUUUAUGAAUGUGCAAUAGGGAAUUUUGGGGUGCCCCAAUAUGGAGGAACAAUGCUUGGCUCUGUCUUCUACCCUAAAGCCAAUCAAAAGGCAUGCAACACUUUUCAAGAUUCUGAUAUUACUUGGAAGAACAAGCCUGGUGGAAUUCCUAUUUUCCUUCUUGCAGACAGAGGAGAUUGCUACUUUACAUUGAAGGCAUGGAAUGCUCAGAAUGCUGGAGCUGCAGCUAUUCUUGUUGCAGAUGACAGGAUUGAGCCUCUUAUUACAAUGGAUACCCCGGAGGAAACUGAUGCGCAGGCUGAUUAUCUACAGAACAUAAGUAUUCCAUCAGCACUCAUAAGCAAGGAACUUGGGGAAAGAAUGAAAAAGGAAUUAUCUAAAGGAGAAAUGGUGAGCAUAAAUCUUGAUUGGAGGGAGGCUCUACCGCAUCCUGACGAGCGAGUUGAGUAUGAGUUCUGGACGAAUAGCAACGAUGAGUGUGGCCCCAAGUGUGAAAGCCAACUAACUUUUGUUAGGAAUUUCAAAGGCGCAGCACAGAUACUUGAGCAGAAAGGCUACACUCAGUUCACUCCACAUUAUAUAACGUGGUAUUGUCCUGAGGCGUUUAUUCUCAGCCAACAGUGUAAGUCACAGUGCAUCAAUCACGGCAGGUAUUGUGCACCGGAUCCUGAGCAGGACUUUAGUAGGGGAUAUGAUGGCAGGGAUGUUGUCGUGCAAAACCUACGCCAAGCCUGCUUCUUUAAGGUUGCAAAGGAAAACGGAAAGCCAUGGCAGUGGUGGGACUACGUCACAGAUUUUUCAAUUCGUUGUCCAAUGAAAGAAAAGAAGUACACUAAACAGUGUGCUGAUCUAGUAAUUCAGUCCCUUGGAUAUGAUGUGAGAAAGAUUGAUAAAUGUAUCGGAGACAUUGAGGCCGAUGUUGAUAACUCAAUUCUCAAAGCAGAACAGGAAGCACAGAUAGGAAAUGGCUCCCGAGGGGACGUCACCAUCUUGCCGACUCUUGUCAUAAACAACAGACAAUAUAGAGGUAAAUUGGACAAAGGAGCAGUUUUGAAGGCCAUAUGUUCAGGUUUUGAGGAGACUACUGAGCCUGCCAUUUGUUUGACUAGAGAUAUGGAAACAAAUGAGUGUUUACAAAACAAUGGCGGUUGCUGGCAAGAUAAGGCUGCUAACAUUUCUGCAUGCAGGGAUACAUUUCGGGGGAGAGUGUGUCAUUGCCCCAUUGUGCAGGGAGUUAAGUUCAUUGGUGAUGGUUAUACUCAUUGUGAAGCUUCUGGAGCAUUAAGAUGUGGGAUUAACAACGGAGGGUGUUGGAAAGGAAGUAAGGACGGACGAACAUAUUCUGCAUGCAUUGAUGACCAUAAGAAUGGUUGCAAGUGCCCACCAGGAUUCAGGGGUGAUGGAGUUAAAGAGUGUGAAGAUAUUGAUGAGUGCAAGGAAAAGACGGCUUGCCAAUGUCAACAUUGCAGUUGCAGAAACACUUGGGGAAGCUAUGAAUGCAGUUGCAGCGGCAACUUACUCUACAUUCAUGAACAUGACACAUGUAUUAGUAAAGAUUCUAAUAGAGAAGUCAGCUGGGGCAUUAUGUGGGUGAUCGUUCUUGGCUUUGCGCUGGCAGGAGUUGCAGGAUAUGCUAUUUACAAAUAUAGGAUCCGGAGAUACAUGGACUCUGAGAUUCGGGCUAUCAUGGCUCAGUAUAUGCCCUUGGACAAUCAAGGAGAUGUACCCAAUCAUCUGCCUCAAGGAAGUGUUUGAGCCACAGAGACGGUAUCGACUAGUAAAAGACCGGAAAGGAUAUUAUGUUGUCUGCAUCGAUCACUAGCAGUUGGUUGGUUGUGUGGUGUUUUUUGCUGUGAAAACUAGUUCAUGUUUACAGGUUGAAUUUUACAUAGAUGUAGAGUCUGACUACUUUUUCUGUAAACACUCAGUAGUUGAGAAAGUAUCCUUGGAAGAUCAAUUCAGUAAUGCCGAUGAUUAUUUAUGAAAAUGAGGCCUUAAUCUUUCUCGCCGUA